UGAAGUCAGUCUACAGGAUACUCCUCCAAUGACAAAUUAAAACACCCAUUACUCCUACUUCGAUCUGUGGGAAUCCCGGCGGAGUUUUGGAUUUAUUUAAAAACAUGGGAUUUGAGUUGGAUCGGUUUAAAGGGGCUGUGGACCCAGAUUUUAAAUGCAACUUGUGUAAUAAAGUUCUAGAAGACCCGCUCACUACUCCGUGUGGUCACGUCUUCUGCGCAAGCUGUGUGCUGCCUUGGGUUGUCCAGAAAAGCAGCUGCCCCGUCAAAUGUCAAAGGAUCUCCACGACAGAGCUGAACCACGUUCUCCCUCUGAAAAACCUGAUUCUGAAGCUGGACAUAAAGUGUGACAACCAUGCCAGAGGCUGUGAAAAAGUGGUAAAGCUGCAUCAUCUAGCAGAGCAUGCCGAGAUGUGCGAUUACUCACCGGCCAAAUGCAGGAAUAAAGGAUGCAAGGAGGUGCUCAAUCUGAAGGACAUGGAUGCCCAUAUGCGCGAAUCGUGUGAUUACAGACCGGUCGGGAUAUGCGACAGUGGAUGUGGCUUGAUGCUCAUCCACAAAGAGCAAAAACUAGACACCCAUUGCUGUUUGAAAGCCAUGAAAGCACAUAAUAGUGCAUUGCACGGGAAGGUGGUCAACUUGGACAAAGAGUUCAAGAAGCAAUCAUUGAAAUCAAGCAAAAGAGAGAAAUCACUUCUUGCUCAACUCUCCGCGGUGCACAAUGAGCUACAAAUGACAGCGCUGAAGUAUCAGAAGAAAUUCACUGAAUACAGUGCAAGGAUCGAUUCGCUGACUAGGACCCUUGUUCCCCCGUGCAAGGGCGGGGAGACAAAAAACGUCACAGCCAUCCUUCAUCGGGAGGGAGGUUCUCUGGGCUUCAACAUCGUGGGAGGACGACCAUGUGCGGACGACCAUAAUGGCACUUUGAAUGAAGGCAUUUUUGUAUCCAAGAUCGUUGAGAAGGGACCAACAGACAAGGAGGGAGGCCUUCAGAUCCACGACAGAAUAAUGGAGGUGAAUGGGAAGGACCUGUCCAAGGCCACCCAUGACCAGGCAGUGGAGGUCUUCCGCACGGCCAAGGAGCCCAUCAUGGUCCAGGUGCUUCGCCGGGCCCCCCGCCCCAAACCCUCCAUCCCUGCCUCAGACACCCAGGUGGUAGACAUCAGCACACAGACAGACAUCACCUUUCAACACAUCAUGGCCCUCACCAAGCUACCUGCCACCGCCCCCACCGUGGCUGUGUUGGAGCAGUACCUCAUGCCUGAGCAUUCCCCUGGGCACGACUUUGACCCCAAUGAUUUCUUGGAGGGCAUGCAGGCAGACAUCGAGAGAGAGAUCUGUGAUUUAAWUUUUUUUGUUUUUGCCUUGUUGCAGGAAGUGGAUUUGUACAGAACCAACAUCCAGGACAAGCUUGGUUUGACUGUCUGCUACAGGACUGAUGAUGAGGACGAGACUGGGAUCUAUGUCAGUGAGAUUGACCCAAACAGCAUCGCUGCAAAGGAUGGCAGGAUCAGAGAGGGAGAUAGAAUUAUCCAGAUAAAUGGAAUUGAGAUCCAGAACCGAGAGGAUGCUGUGGCUUUGUUGACCAGUGAGGAGAAUCAGAAUGUAUGCCUACUGGUAGCCAGACCAGAGAUCCAGCUGGAUGAGGGUUGGAUGGAUGACGACAGGAAUGACUUCCUGGAUGACCUCCACAUGGACAUGCUGGAGCAGCAGCACCACCAGGCCAUGCAGUUCACCGCCAGCAUGCUGCAGCAGAAGAAGCAUGAGGAGGAUGGUGGAACAACGGACACAGCCACCCUGUUGUCCAACCACCACGAGAAGGACAGUGGGGUUGGCCGCACCGACGAGAGCACGCGCACCGACGAGAGCACGCGCAACGACGAAAGCUCGGAGCAGGAGAACCUGGGGGAUGACCAGACUACAGCCUCCAACACACUGGGCAGCUGCAGCCGCAGGAAGCUGACCUACAGCCAGGACACCCUGGGCAGCACUGACCUGCCUUUCAGUAGUGAGUCCUUCAUCUCUGCAGACUACGACCAUGCUGACUUCCUGGGUAUCCCCGCCGAUGAYUGUGAGCGCUUCCGAGAGCUCCUGGAGUUGAAGUGCCAGGUGAGGAGCGUGGGGGGCCCCCAUGGCCUGUACUGCCAGAGUGCCAGGGCCGGAAGGGCCGAAGAGGGGGUGGACAAGGAGCUGGAGCUGCUGAACGAGGAGCUGCACAGCAUUGAGCUUGAGUGCCUCAACAUCGUCCGGGCCCACAAGAUGCAGCAGCUAAGGGAGCAGUAUCGCGAGGCGUGGAUGCUGCACAACAGCGGCUUCCGCAACUACAACACCAGCAUCGAUGCGCGCCGCCACGAGCUCUCCGAUAUUAACGAGCUGCCCGAGAAGUCGGACAAGGACAGCUCCAGCGCCUACAACACUGGAGAGAGCUGUCGCAGCACCCCCCUCACCCUGGAGCUGUCCCCAGACAACUCCCUCCGAAGGGGGGAAGAGAUCCAGGGCGAGGCCGGGGCCUACAGCAGUGCAGGGCUCAACAACAGGAUCCUCAAGCCCCUGCUGUCUCCUGUCCAAGAGGCUGAUGGCCCCAGCAGAAUCAGGCCCUCCUCCUCUAAGGAGUCUGAGUUUAGCCUGCAGGCGGAGGAGAAGGAACGUAAGCUGGGAGAGUCUACUCACAAGCUGGCCCAGCCCCGCUCCCCGUACAAACAUGCCCACAUCCCGGCCCAUGCCCAGCACUACCAGAGCUACAUGCAGCUGAUCCAGCAGAAGUCUGCCGUGGAGUACGCCCAGAGCCAAAUGAGCCUGGUCAGUCUGGUCAGCCAAGGUGACCCUGUGACCCCCAGAGACAUGCUGGAGCCCAAGAAGGAGUGGAAGGUGAAGAUCCGCAGUGAUGGCACACGCUACAUCACCAAGAGGCCCAUCAGGGACAAGCUGCUGAAGGAGCGCGCCCUGCGUAUCCGCGAGGAGCGCAGCGGCAUGACCACAGACGACGACGCCUUCAGCGAGCUGAAGAUCGGGCGGUACUGGAGCAAAGAGGAGAGGAAGCAGCACGCGGUGCGCGCCAAGGAGCAGAAGCAGCGCCGCGAGUUCAUGAAGCAGAGCCGCGCUGACUGCCUGAAGGAACAGGCCAGCCUGGAUGACGACAAGAAGGAGCCCAAUAUCAUUGAGCUGAGCCACAAAAAGAUGAUGAAAAAGAGGAACAAGAAAAUCUUUGACAAUUGGAUGACUAUCCAGGAACUUUUAACCCACGGUGCUAAGUCGCCUGACGGCACGCGAGUGUACAACUCCCUCCUGUCUGUCACCACAGUGUAGGAGGCAGACAGGCCAGGCCUGGGGUGUAAUGUACUGUAAAUAGGACACUACCGAUUGGGGUAGAGAUUUCUGCCUCGUUCAAUGUGGCAACAUUUUGUAAAUAUAAAACAGGUAAAGCCUUUCUGAAGGACCUUUUGGCCCCUGUGGGCGGUUGAGAGACACUUUACAAAGUGUUCCAUGGAUGGACUUUGAAGAUGAUUAUUGAUAGGAUAAGGAUGAUAUAAGACUGUUUUCAAAUGCUUUCAAUAACUUUCCCACUGGGCACAUUUCCCACUGGGCAUUUUGGUUCAACGUAAUUUCAUUGAAAUGACGUUGACUCAACCAGUGUUUGCCCAGUGAGUUUCUACCUUUGUUCUGUGUCAAGACCGUUUGUCAUAAGUAAAGAGCAGCCAACAUUUACAUAUUUUUUUGUUUUAUUACAAUUUUAACAAGUAUCUCUUAUCAGUAUUUUACUGUUAUACACUAUACAGUGCCUUCGGAAAGUAUUCAGACCUCUUGACAUUUUGUUACGUUACAGCCUUAUUCUAAAAUGUA